CAAAGUUAAUGAUUCGAUCUCAAAUAACCUCAAAAUUUAGUGACCAUUUCUGUAAUUGACCCUAUUUUCAGCUGGAAUUUUCCAUUUUGUGAGAAAAAAUAAAAUAAAAUAUGCAAAAUUUCCUCUCCCAGUUUCCGUUAACAACAGAUCCCUUUCGUCACACUACUGCUCUCUCACACCCACGCCCACGCCACAAGAAGCGCAGAGAGAAGAAGAAGGAGAAAUACAAAUCCAACUGUAGUCUUCUUCUCGCCCAUCCUGCCCAAAUUCCACCCUUCCAUUUCCAGCUCCUUCUGAGCUCUCCCCCGUUCGCCGUCUUUGCUUCCUGGGCAUUGCUGGCCGAACGGGAUACAGAUACUUGGAAGAAAAAUCCAAAAGGAGGGAGGAAAGAGUUGCAGUCACAGGAGUCCUUUCGCGGGAGGUUCGUCCUAUUCCCCGGCGGAAACCCCAAUUCGGAAAUUGCCGGGGGGUUUCUUUCACUUUCUUCCAAUUGGUUUAACUUGGUGGGUAUUCGAGGAGCAGGAGCAUGUGGGCGAUCGUGAUGGGUUUGUCUUGAGAUUUCCCCCGUUUCUUCCUUUUUGCCUCGUUCGAUAGCGACCUUCAAUUUCUGAGCUGCGGGGGAAUUCGAUUUCUCUUGCGGGGUUUUGAUUUAUUUUUGCAAUCAUUGGAUGGUAGUGUGUGGACUCUGUUGAAGUGCGUACCGGCACGGCAGUUCAUUUCCCACUAUUAGAUGUAGCAGCUGAAUAAUUUCCUCUCCUCCAUUUUCAUGAUCUUAUGGAGUGAUGCGUUAUUGAUUGCGCUGGGAGUGGGUUUCCGUGGUGGGUUUUGGGACUUGAGGAAGAGGGUUUAAUUCGGAUUUUUGAUUUUGGGGUUGGAUUUCUACUGAUCUUGGGGAGGGAGGUUUUCAGAGUAGGGAGAAUGUCUGGUGGGACGCCGAGAGGUGGAAAUGUGAGGCAGAGACUUAGCCAAGGAGGGUAUGGAUCGAGUGGUGAUGAUUUGGAGGAUGAUGCUUGCUCAAGACCGCAACAGCACUUCUCUCCCACUCCUCCACGGGUCAGGUCUUGGGUCGAGAUUUUGGAGAAUCUGCUUUGGAUUGCUUCAGCCAUUUUCAUCGUUUACUAUGGUGACAGAUAUUCCAAUUUGAUAUAUCUACUGUGGCACGAUGGUAGAAUAAGAAGAGUGCCUUUGUACUUCGGGAUGGGGGGUGUUGGUUUCAAUGUACUCAUAUUUUUGUACACAAGUUUGUUCUCUUGGAGCGAUAGAAGAUUUGACGAGAAAUGGGAAUUGUCGAGUUUAUCUGCUCUACCAUGGGUUACUGUAUUGGGUCUCAUCUCCUUCUGCUUGUUUUGUGUGGCUUUGUGGCCAAUAUGGAGUUUCUUGACAAUUCCUCUUCUGUUCACCUUGUUCAUGGCCUUCAUGAUCAUAUUUCCUUCAGUUAUAGUUGGAACGCUGAGGCAACAAGGCGAUGCAUUCCGUAUAGACUAAAAGACUCUCGAGAGCAGGUGGAGAUACUCUGACAUAGAUGAAGAACUUUCUAACCCAAUGGUGGGUAGCACUUGAUGUAGGUCAAAAGAUCCAUUUUGUCUCAUGGAUGAACACGAAUUUACUGCACAGUUUUUACCUCUUGGUGUUGGUGGUGGUAGUUACAAACGGAAGCUGACCGGGUGAUUCACCCGGUCAGUUGUUAUACCCUCAUUGUCUUUGGCACAGACACUAAAAUUUCCAGGCAGCCCUCCAAUAUAAAGCACAGGAUCAGAUCGAUCAGCAAGGCGGGGUGGAGAGACUCUCAGAAGGUAUUUAGAGAUUGAUUGGUUUGAUUGGUUGUAUUGUGAUACAUUUAGUGACUGGAUUCCAUCUCGCCCUUGUUCUUGGAUUUGCUUUUUAGAAUUUGAAUGAGAAGGGGGCAGUAAAGUUCCAUGUUAUAGUGAUCAAAUUGAGUGUUCAUAACUUUCUUUUUUUCCCUUUUUCGUCCUAAACGCGUAAAAUCCCAUCUGGGUUCAUCCUAUUCAUCAGAAAGCUGCAGCC